CAAAAGAGAAAUUUCAUUUAUUUGAUUUGAUAUAUUAAUCGACUUAAAUGUUCUUGUGUUGUGAUUUAAAUGGGUUAAAUGUUAAAAUGAUGUCCGUGAAACUGGCGUAAAUGUUAACAUAAUUCAAAAAUGGAUAAAAUCAAUCUCGUUUCGAGUUUCCAGAAGAGCAUUGAAUCGUUAAAAAACACAGAAUGCAGUCGAAAGGAAAAAUUGGCUCAUUUUGCCAACAUAUCCGACUUUGUAACAUCACCGUCAAUACAAAAUCAUCCGAAUCAAGUAACAUUCAUCAGCAAUGCGUUGGCCGUGCUGCUGAUGUUUUGCGAAGAAAUAGAUUCAACAGUUCAUCUGAAUGCUGAGGAGAAUCUCAACAAAAUUAUUCGCUUUUGCGAGAAAACAUUCAUCGUCCGGAUCCAGUACGAUGUGUACCAUGAGAUCAAAAAGAACGGAAACGAACGAUCGCUGAGAAUUUGCCUAAACAUUUUCGGUUGUUAUUGCCAUUUGAUCAAGCAGCGCAAAGUUAAACCAUAUGCUACGAACUUUCUAUCAUGCAUUUACGCUAUUUCAAAGCGCAAGGAGACUCAACUGAUCGAAUCACUGGCCGAUUUUCUGAAAACGUUUUGCAAAUUUAUGGAAAAUUGCUUAUCCGAUCGGGAUGUACUGAAAUUAGUCGAGGUUUUCCUCAAUGACGCCACAUCAGACUGUGCUAUUAAAAGACGUUGUGCCUCACAGAAUGUCAUGACAUUGAUAUUGAAUUCAAAGAAACCUGAUUACAUAUGCCGUCAAGCGUUCAACAAGAUUCUAGACAUUCUCGCUACCGAUCAGACAAUAAAUGCAGUCAUUGGUUUGUUGGGAAUGUUGCGAUUAUUGAUACCCGAACUGACGACCACCAAAAAUUGCGACUUUUUCAAAAUCAUUCAGAUUUUAGAUGUGUGCUUGCACCUUUUGCAUGACAAAUCUCAUUCGAUAAUAAAUGCCUCGCUGGAGGUCAUCCACGUAAUUCUUCGCUGCUCGCACAAAACCAUGAAAAAACUGCUUACAUCUACGGAUCACGUCGAUGUCAUUCGCCAGGACGAUUCGUUGCGCAAUUUAAUUUUUAAGAAAAGCGGAAGCAAGCCCAGUUCGUCGAAGUUGAAUGAAAUAGACAAACAUUACUUCGAAAUGAAUAGCAGCAGAGAACUGGAGGGUAGUCUGUUUUCCAAGGAUACGCAAAUUCUCGAUGAAGGAUGUCUGUCCUGCACCGACAUUGAAAUGGAUUCAUUGGUAAGCAUCGACAGUACGCACGAUGCGGAUAAUUUAAAGAAAAAAUCCGACACGGUGUCAUUGAAAAGCCAAAAGUCAACCGAAUCUUUUGGAUCGUUCUUCAAUACGCUACUUUCGCAAUCUAAGCCCACUGAAACGGUCACAAAAUUCUUUCGCUCUCAAGGAUCCUCGUUGAACAAUACACCGAAGAAAAGUCAGCAUGAAGACAAUACCAGCCUAAAAGAUUUCGUUGAAGAUGAUGUAAUAUCAGCCGGAUCACUCGACAGCAAUGUAUCUAUCCAUAGUCACCAUUCAUCGACGCUUGCUGUUCCAAACGAAACUGAUGAAACGGUCACUGUCAUUGAAACAGACGCAGAAGUCGAACCGACAACGGCGUCGCCACAGCCAUCGCCUGACCAUCAAUCAGUCGACAUUGGUCAGUUGCAUCCAGAAUCGAUAAAAUUGGACGAUUCAACCGAUUCGGUCAAAUUUCGAGAAAUGUCAAUCGGUUCCAUUUACGACCAAUUCCUCGUCGAAUAUGUGGUACGAUUAGUUUGCUACAAAUUCUUACUGGCCGGUCAGGAUCAAAAACUGAAGCUGGACAGUGCUGUGCGCGUAUCAAUCAAAAACCUAUCACUGAUUGUGUUGUCGGAUUGUGUACGAAUUUAUCCGCAAAUUUUACUGAUGAAACUGACAGUAUCGCAUAAGGCGAGUGUGUCGGAUGAGUGCCGUGAAACAUUGUUCGAUGAUUUGAGUGAAUUGUGUUUAACAGAAACAUCAGAAUGUAAAAACGAUGAACAGCUGCUUGACAUUAUCCCCGACCAUUUCGGUGUGAGUACCUGCUCUAUAGACGAAUUUUUGUCGCCACUCAGUGAUAAAAGCAUCAAUUCAUUAAAAGGCACAAACGUGUCCUCCAAAAGUCCAAGUAAGGUUCCUGUGACUAGUAAAUUGCCUGUUAAAGAGACCCAGCAUGACAUGGAUGCGGAGAAAUGCGACCAAAAUAUUGAAGACAUUUUAUUGUAUUUCAACCAUCACGAUCCAUCACUGCGAGGCAAUGUUCAGUCAAUUAUUGGAAAUUUCAUCGUAACGGUGCUGGAAGACUACCGCAGUGUGGACGAAUUUCGGGAAAGAUGCUUUGUUAAUGUGGAGACCAAGUAUAUCCGUUUCAACUUACUACUGAAAGUGUUGAUGCAGGGCCUAUCCGAUGAAAUCCACACAGUCAUCAAGCAUUCAAUAUCCGCUGUAGAUGUCGUAUUCCCGUCAGUAUUGCGAACUAUAAUAGACCGGGGAACGUCAAUACAACACACCUCAUCAACCCGCAAUGGACGAAAAAUCGAUGAUCUGAAUGCCGUUCCGAAAGGCGAUCUUUGCAUUGAUCAAAUACUCACUGAGUUGCUUAUCGUCGGAAGUAACAGGAACUGGGUGGUGCAAAGUAAAUACUGCGAAUUGGUGACGAACAUUGACUUUGCUGAAAUGAAAUCCGUUUUGGGUGACGAGAUCGGUCGAUACUACGAGAGAAAAUUUCUUGAUUCAAUUUUUGCAUUGAUCGGAGAUCAAGACAGCCGAACCAGAUCCCGAGCCAUAGAGACAUUAUGUCAUUAUGUCAAAGACGAACCGGCGUACAACUGCAAUCGAAAUGUCGAAAUCGGCAAUUUUGUGUGUGCGAGAAUAUUCGACAGGUUACCGUUGGCAUUCGAUAAUUUCAAAAUUGAAAACUCUCAACGUCAGCAUCAAAAACUGGGACCGGUCUUGUACACACUAUCCAACAAUCUGAUGGAACUGGACGAUCGCAAUCAACAGUUUGGCAUCGUAAGCGCUAUUGCCGAACUGGUGAAGCUUUUCAAUCCCAUUACGUACCACGCUGUGUGGAAUGAGUUCAGUGUUUUCGAAAUUUGUUUGAAUUUUAUGCGAGAGAAUUAUUGCAUCGGAACGGAUGCUGCAUGCCAGUGUGAUAUGAUAAAUAUUUGUACGAGCUUAAUUGCAGGAAAUGCCUUCGAUCUGAAGUACGUUUGGGCGAAGGAAAUAAACACAUUGCUUCUGCAUGUUUUAAAACUGUUGAACAUAUUCUAUCAUGUGUUCAACAACACCCAGCCGUUAUACAUUCCGAAGGGUCAGAAGAACGACAUCUUCAUUAGCACCAAGGAGUUCCAAUUGUUCGAAAGUUUUGGUUAUUUUGGCAACGAUUAUUUCUACCGAAAAAUCUACAAACUUCUGAAGCAAAGUUUCGAUUCGUACAAGAUUACCAUAACCAAGGACAGCGGCCAAAUAGUCAUGGACCUACUCAGUACAACGCUAAAUGCGUUAAUUGUGAUAUUAGAAAUCAAAGUUCCCGAACCGACAUCGAAUCCCAUUAAAUUAAUUGAAGAAACUCUGCUGUAUCUGUCCACAUUGAUCAACUAUGCACCGAUGGAAUCGGUGAUUGCAAUCAGACAAUUGCUGAAGUACAUGUUUUCCAUGAAUCUGAGAUGUCGGACAUCCGACUUUGAGUACUUAGCCGGCAAUGUUAUCGAGAAGGAAUGCAAGGGAUGUGAGAUGAACGACAUGACGACGAUGCUACGAAAUCUAUCAAUUUCGUCGACCAGUGCGUCGAGUGAGAAUGUGGUUCACAUAUUGCUAUUCAAGCCGAUCGUUAUUCGAUGUUUGAAGAUUUUCUCCAAGUCCGACACUUCGAUUCAGUCAGCGAUUUUGGAUAUGCUUUGCAAAGCGCUUGAAUUUAAUGUCAACUAUUCACUGCUCGAUGCGAACAAUGUUUUCUUGGACUUUGUGCUCAAAUUGGCGGAGCUAAUUGAAACUGGUGCAGUCAGAGAAAGCGAAGUGGUGGUCCCUAGUAUCAUCAAGUUCUUGUUUUGUCUGACGAAAGAGAAAGACCGAAAACUGAUCACAAUUCCGAAAAUUAUCAACAUCACCGACACAUUGCUGGCAAAUGACGUAAGAAGCGGAUCGAGGGCGCUAAACGAGCUGGCUUUUAAGUUUUUCUUCGACGAGACCGGCUGUGAGGAUGGUUUUAGCAUUAAAGACAUCAAUACACAGAAGGAAGUGGCACUCCGAAUGUUGAUAAAAUUUUUGCAUGUCAGGGAGAUACAAAUCAGUUUGUGCAAUAUCUUGAUGUUGCUCAGAUCAUCCACCAGCGACAACGAAAAUAGUUUCUACGUGAAUUUGUUGCAAGUAAUCGACGACAAUCGGGAGCUUUUCUUCGAUGUGGAACAGUUCGACAGUAUCGAUUUGUGUUUCAAAGUCGCUAGCGAGUCAACGUUGAUGGAAGAAAGUAAUUUGCGUAAAACGUUUUCAUUGUUUUACAGUUACAUCAAUCAGAACGAACGAUCGUUUGAAGUAAUGUCAGUGAUUUCGAUUCUCAUCGAAAAUGUCCUAUCAAAAGUAACCGAAGAAGUGGCAUUGGAGCAAACGCAAUUAUAUUUACAAGAACGAAUGGAGCCCAUCGCAUCGGAUCGCGCAACGUUAUUCACUGAAUCAAUUUUUUCGUUCGUCAAAUUUGCUAUUGAUUCAUUGCACUGCUCUAAUACCGAACGGGACAUUCGUGCACGGUACGGACCACAUACGCGUAAACUGUUCCGAUUACUUCUAAAACAUCAGUUUGGUGUCGGCAACUUUGUUGUCAUUAAGCGAAACUUAUCAAUCGCAUUGUCAGAUCCCGAUUUCAUUACGACUUCGAUCCAUAGAUUACAUGCAUCCCAUGCGAAUGCUUUCAUUCAAUUCUUAUGUUCGAUGAAAUGCGACUGGCUGCCAAUAUUGAAUGUUUUAGCGAGUUGUGAAGAGACUACUUUCGGAACGAACGCAUCUAAUAUACUGAACGCUGUUUGCAAGUCAGAACGUUUGAAUGAUGCGGUAGUUGAUUUUCUGAUCAAUCAUUUGGACAAGUUUGUGAACGCAGACCAGCGAUUGUUCACCAAAUUAUUGAAUGACCCAGAACACUUUGAUCAAUUAAUCGGUCGAAUUGACUUCUUAAUAGGGCAACAGUUGUCGCAGGAAACACAACAAUCAAUUUACUUGUUGCUGUCCACCUGUGACGUCCUGGAAAAUUAUCCGAAAUGUAUAGAGACAACCCUGAAAUGUGUCUCCGUUUUCGAGUUUACCAAUCUUAGGGUUCAAACCGAAGAAAUUAUUUUUGAGCGACUAUCAUCCCUGUUGGACCUAGAUACAACGAUCACGAACGUUCUGCCAAAAACCGCAUUUUUAUCGCUAUGCGAAUUUUGCCGAAACGAGGAAGUCCAUUACAGCCUCAAAGAUGUCGUCAACAGUCUGCGGCAUUUUUAUGAUGUAGCAACAGAAUGCUACGAAGAUGAAGUCCUUCGGGCAGAUACUAUGGCUACGGUUGACGGAUCUUGGCUAAUUGAACAGAUUAAUUACAAGUCCUUCAACACUCACAAGGACAGUAAAGCCCUAGCCGAGCUACUGUUCGAAAUAACAUCCGAAAAGCAGUUGUCGUACAUUCUCCAAUCCAAUCAAUUCAACAUUCGUCACCUGCACAAAUUUAUAGAUUUUUCCUUCGAACACAUGGCGAACACAUUCAAACACGAUUGCAUGCAGUUCAAUCCACACUUGAACUAUCUGAAAAUUCCGCUGUUACUGAAGCACUCAAUGGUCUGUCUAAUGGAACGCAUUCAGGCGUUGUGCAAUUCAAUUUCACCAGAUUGUCGUGACAACAAUGUCGAUAGAUUGAUCGACGAUAAGGGAAAUUAUCAGAGCAUUGUGAAGGCAUUGAUUUCGUUUCUGGAACACAUUGACAUGCUGGAGCACACCUGUUUGGCGUUCAUUGAACUGAAAUUGAUUGAGAAAUAUUUCAGGCAAAACAUUUUGAAGGAAGAAAUGUUUGAGGUGUUGUUGAUCUUUGGCACGAUUUGCAUGUUGUAUGCAACAAAUGUGUUGGAACGGGAGAACAUUCAGCGGUUUGACAUUGAAAUCUCAUUGAAAUGUGCCGAUUUGAUAUUGAAGCAGAAAUUGCUGUGGAAUGUGAUAAAUAAUUCGGAUGGCUUUGCGAAACAUUUGGAUUUAUUCGUCGAUGUAUUGUACAAGACGAUCAAUGUGCAUUUUGGCAGCACCACGCUGAUGAGUAAAUUUGAUAUCGAAAGUUUGGCAAUCAAUGAAACGAAUGAUUGUGAUAAAAAAGCUAUUUUCCUGGCUAAAUUUGUUGAAGUUCGAAGCAAGAACGAACAGAAUGAAUACUUUAAGUUAGAGGACGUGAUAAUCAGCCUUAUCGUAUCAGUAUUGCGUACGAAUAAAUUUUAUGUUUUUGCUAUUGCACCUAUUGAAGUUCUUCGCUGUGACUUGGAUAUUAAAAAGUCCAAGCAAACCGCAGUCCCAUCCAUUCCCAUUGAAUAUUUGAACGAAGCUGAUGUUCUUGAAUUGUUUGUGAAACGGAUUCAGAUCUUCGGUUACACAUGCCGUCAUCAGUUCGAAGAAUUUUUUAUGUCGCUGUUGGUUCUAUUUAAUACUGAAGUGGAGGUCGAAAUUGUCGAUAGCUCCGAACAAUAUCAAAUCCGGAACAUGUGUAUGCUUGCGAUAACUGAGCUUUUGCUAUCAUUGAAAGUUACGACAAACCUUGGCAGCACAAAAAACUCAUUUCAUCAUUUACCCAGAGGAAGUCCUUUGAAACUAGACUCAAUAAGUCGAAAAAAGUUGCACAAACUUCUGUUGAAAUUGCCCGAUUCGAAUGUUUUUUAUCUACCGAAUGGCGAGCAAAUAGGAUUUCGGUCAGAUGACAACAUCACCAGAACUAGCAGUUUCUCGAAAGGUCAACUUGACCUAAACUGUGUGUGGCAAGUCGUCGAAGAAAUGGACGAGAAGAAGAUAAACCUGAGCUUGAGAAAUUCACUGUAUCUCAUUGAAUCAUCGGAAAUUGAUUUGAAGAGCAGCCUCCAACUUAUAUUCGAUGUUUUUGGUCAAUUGAUUGAGAUAAACUAUUCGCUGAUCUUGCCACAUUUAUUGAAAUUGAGCGAGAUAUGCGCAAAUCGUGAGCAGUACCGGUGGAUUAAGAAUAUUUCGUUAAGAAUUCAAGAAGCUGUGCCCAUGACGAAUGUCAUUGCACAUCAGAGCAUAAUUUACUGCCUAUGCAAAUCGUCUGCAAUUUUGAUUCCAUCAUUGAGUGAACUACAAACAUUAUGCUCUCUGGUUCAUACCUACUUGAAAAGUCCGUAUCUCUCCAUCCGGAACGCUACGUUAAAGGGUUUAUUGUGUCUGCUGGAGAGUUGCGUCAAGACGAACACAACGAUUGGUGGCCUAGGCGAGGAGCUUUCAUUGAUUAGGAAUGUCGUUAUUUAUUACACAAACAACAAUGGAAUUGUGGAGGAAAGUAAAUUGACAUUUAGUGAUGAGCAUACCAAGCUGGUGUGGGCUUUAAAUCUUUACCUCAUCGAAACGACAUCGAAAUUUGUGAACGAUGUUAACGUUUUGUCGAAUACUGUCAUCUCGGCAAACAAUGUCUUGAAGCGGACUAACAACAUCGAUCAAUAUCUUUCCAUAUUGCAUGGUCUACAACGAUUAAUAGUUUGCAACGUCGAUGACUGCGACUUCCGUGACAAAAUCGAGCAAAUUGCUUUGCAUCUCUUCAAGUCGGGGAAUGAAGCAUACUCAAUUCCAGCGUUGAAGCUACUUAUAACGUGCUUGUAUAUCAGUUCCAAUGAUCAACUGAAAAACACGGAAAAUUCAAAUGGCAUCGUUCAGGACGAACCGGAAGUUAUAUUACAAUCAACCGAACGCAUUGAUAUACUGUUUCAACGGAUCAAAUUUACCACACCUUGUACGGGUGAAAUAUUCGGAAACGUUUUGUGCCAAAUGAUUCGUGACCUGGUGCCGCCAAAUGAAAUUUUAACAAAAGUCAUCAAGGAGUUCCUGUCAUUAACCCAGCCACAAUGUGAAGUCAUCGCAAAAAUACUGUUUCAUGUUUUCCGUUCGGCAAUCGACUCAGAUUCACUUACAUUACUGCAAGAUUGGCUCAUCUGUUCGUUUCCAAAUUUUCUAAUGUUUCCCGUCAACAGAGCCGUGUGGUGCUUGAGUGUGAUAUUCGUAUCGGCGUCGAUUAAUCAACAUUUAGUUAAGAUAUUUCCGGAAAUAUUGGACAAUUUCAAUAUUUUGAACGAUCGACAGGUAAUUUUGUUCAGACUGUUUACAAAGGAUUUCUACAGUAAUUUGAGCGCCGACCAAAGGUUGAAUUUUAAGAAAGUAUUGGCCGAAUGCAAUUAUGACAUAAUUAGAACAUCAUUGAAUUGAGGGUACAUUUUGUGCAGGUAGUUAGACCUUCUUUUUCUCUUUUUUUUUGUAUUGUACACACAAAGUUUGUUAAUGAAACGAUUCCUUUUCCUAAUAUAUUUAUUACAGAAACUGAA